AUGGACAACAUCGACGAGGAAUACGACCGGCGCGUUGAACACCUUCACGACUGCAAGGCGAAGACUGUUAGUUUUAAGACCACCAAGAGACGCCUGUCUUUCAAAACUCUUGAGCUGAUACGCCAGCGUGGAGCAGCAGGAGCCGCAGGCAACCAAGAACGCACGUCCGAGCUCGCAAGGAUUUGCAGAGAGGUGAUAAAGGAAGACCCUUAG